UGAAGGGCUAAACAUAAGAGAGAAAAUGGCGAUGAAGAAGUUGCUGAAAGUGAAGGGUUCUCCUCCUUGGAUCCCCAACCUCCCUCUCCCCUCACCACCCCAAGACACAUCCGUCUCCCCCACUCACUACGCCCGCUUCCUGGACUUCCUUAAGGCCCACUGGGCCCCACCUCUAAGCCCAGACACCCUCCUCCACUUUCUGAAAUCCAAGCUCCACCACCACCCCUCCUUCUCCCGCUUCGACUUCCACCUCUUUACUUGGGCCACCACCCUUGACUCCUUCCGCCACACCCACUCCACCUUCCACUGGAUGGCCCACACCCUCGCCGCCACCCACCGCCACCCAGAGCUCCGCACCCUCCUAACCCUAAUCGCCGCCAACCCCUGCCCCUGCUCCCCCUCCAUCUUCUCCUGCCCCCAAACCCAACCCAUCUUCCGCACCGCCAUCCACGCCUUCGCCAGAUCCUCCAAACUCCACGACGCCGUUUCCGCAUUCCACACCAUGCGCAAAUUAAUCGACGGCAAACCAAACGUCGCCGUUUGCAACAUUCUCCUCCACGCCUUCGUCAAAAACGCUAAACUCGAUUGCGCCCUCCACUUUUACCGCGACAUGGUGGAUAAGUAUAGGGUUAAGCCCGAUGUGUUUACCUUCAACAUUUUGAUUAGCGGUUACUGUCGGAACUCGCAGUUCGCUUCGGCGUUGGAGAUUUUCAACGAGAUGGGGAAACUAGGGUGUUACCCCAACGUGGUUACUUUUAAUACGUUGAUUAGGGGAAUGUUUAGAGAGGGGAACGUUGAUGAUGCCAUUGGGAUGGCUCGCGAGAUGGUUGAAUUAGGGUGUGGGUUUUCCAAUGUUACUUGCGAGAUUUUGGUUCAGGGGCUUUGUAAGGAAGGGAGGGUUUUGCAGGCUUGUGUGUUGUUGCUUGAGUUUUCUGAGAAGAGGGUUUUGCCUGGAGGGUUUGAUUGUUUUGCUUUGGUGGAGGUUUUGUGUGGAGAAGGGAAUGUUAUGAGAGCGUUGGAGCUUGUUUAUGUGUUGUGGAAUGCAGGGAGUGUUCCGAGUUUGGUUGCUUGCAUUGCCAUGGUUGAUGGGUUGAGGGGGUUGGGGAAGACGGAGGAGGUGCGGAGGUUUGUGGAAAGAAUGCUUGAGGAGGGUAUGGUGCUGGAUGUUGUGACUUUCAAUUUUGUUCUUCGUGAUAUUUGUGAUAUGGGGAGGACGGAUGAGGCGAAUAGAUUGAGGUUGUUUGCUUUGAGCAAGGGUUUUGAACCGGAUUGCAUGACGUAUAGAAUUUUGGUCAUGGGGUAUAUGGGAGAGGGAGGUAGAGAGGAAGGGGAGUUGCUAGUGAAUGAAAUGUUGGAUAGGGGGUUUCUUCCUGAUCUUGCUUCGUAUAAUGAAUUGAUGAGUGGAUUAACUAAUUGCCGACGCUCUACGAACCGGAAAGUGAAGAGUUUUGAUCGCUGAUGAUACAAACAUUUAAGAUUUAACUUGGUUUUCAGUCUAGCCAGUUGAUGGGGGAAGGUGAUUGUGGAGUGAUUAAGAACUUAACUGAUAAGGGACUUGGAAAUGGGGAUGUGGAGGAUUGAAACAAUGAAAAUCAUUGUCUCAUAACUGUAACCCCUUAAUAUUGAUCAAGAAAGAUGUAAUUGGUGCUCUGUUACUGUCCCUUAAUUAAGACCAGGACAGAUGCCAUUGGAGGUGUGCUACAUUUCCUUGAUAAAGACUAAAAGUGAUAUGAUUUGAGCUAUGCUCCACCAAGUGUUUCACAAAGAAAUGUUAGUUAAAAAGUCAAACCUUGCUAGGCAGCAGUACCAAAAUUUUGUUGAAAAGCCUGUUCAAUCUCGUGGCUUCAUGCUUACCAUAUGUUUCAUAGGGUCUUAGGCAAAAAGAUUUAAAAAGCUAUUAAGUUAGCCUGUGCUUCGAGCUGUAAUUUUUUUGUAUUUAAGGAACGAAGACGAAAAUGCAAGUUAUGAUGAUUGAGAAUGUGAUUAAUGGCGAUUGAAAAGUCUUCUCGGUACUCUCAGCUAGAAGUGGAUGGGCAAUGUGUUGUAGCCGUUGACAAAUCGAUCAGGAAUGACAAAUACACACAGAAUGUUUUAGA